AUGCUCCGCCUGGGCGCUGCGCUCCUGACCCGCCUGGCCCGGCCCCGCGCCCCGCUGCGGCGCUACGGGGCGGCGGCGGCGGGCGAUGGCGAGGAGCAGGAGCGCUUCGUCUUCCUCGAAUACGAGCCAGACCCGGCCGAGAGGGCGGCGGCGGCGGCGGCGCUGCGCCGGGAGCGGGAGCUGAAGCCGCGGCGGGAGCGGCGGGCGCGGGGCGCGGCGGCGGCACUGCCGAGCCUGUCGGACCCCUCGGUGCCGCCGAGCGGCGUGAGCUGCUCGGGCUGCGGGGCCGAGAUGCAGUGCGGGGACAGCGGCGCGCCGGGCUUCGUGCCGGCCGACAAGUACCGCGGCCUCCUGUCCGAGGGCCCCGCGGGGCUGCGCGGCGCCGUGUGCCAGCGGUGCUGGGCGCUGGCGCACCACGGGACCGCCCUGCGGCCGCGGCUGCCGCCCGACGAGCACCGCCGCGUGGUGAGCGCGGCCCUGCGCAGCCCGCCGCGCCACGGCCGCGGGCCGCUGCUGCUCUACGUGCUCGACGUGAUGGAGCUGCCCGACCCGGUGCUGCCGCAGCUGCCGGCGCUGCUGGGCCCUGACGUGCCCGCCGCGGGCGUGCUGGUGGUGGGCAACAAGGUGGAUCUGCUGCCCGCAGACCGCCGCGGGCACCUGGGGCGGCUGCGGGAGCGGGUGGCGGAGGCCUGCGCCCGGGCCGGGCUGCGGGGAGGCGCGCUGGUGGACGUCCGCCUGGUGAGCGCCAAGACCGGCUACGGCGUGGAGGGGCUCGUCAGCCGGCUGCAGCGCUCCUGGAAGUGCGCCGGCGAUGUCUACCUGCUGGGCGCCACCAACUCCGGCAAGUCCACGCUCUUCAACACCCUGCUGCGCUCCGACUACUGCAAGUCCCGCGCCCCCGACAUCAUCGACAGGGCCACCGUGUCCCCGUGGCCAGGAACAACACUGAACCUGUUGAAAUUUCCAAUUAUUAACCCUACAUGCGACAGGAUAUUCCGAAGGGAGGAGAGGCUAAAAGAAGAGGCAACAAAAACAGAAGAUCAGCUAAGCAGUGAAGAAAAAAAGUACCUUAAUCAGCUUAAAAAGCAAGGUUACCUAGUGGGAAGAGUUGGAAGAACAUUUCAACAGCAGAAGUCUAGUGCUGAGAUUGACUUUGACCCUGACAUGCUCUCCUACAGCAUGGAUGAAGAUCCUAGAGAUUCCCCCAAGAAGCAUGAGGAAAGGGAGGAGUUCACUCACAAUGAAGUGAAGGAUGCUCGGUGGUGUUUUGACACUCCAGGAAUUGUAAAGGAAGACUGUGUUUUGAAUCUCCUAACAGAGAAGGAAGUAAAGCUUGUUUUGCCAUCACAUGCCAUUGUUCCACGGACCUUCAUUCUCAAGCCAGGAAUGGUCUUGUUUUUAGCAGCCUUGGGACGUAUAGACUACUUAGAGGGAGAAAAUCCUGCCUGGUUUUCUGUGUUGGCUUCUAACCUGUUGCCAGUCCAUGUUACUACACUGAGUAAUGCAGACACAGUCUAUGAAAAGCACACAGCCCAAGAGUUCCUAAAGGUUCCCAUGGGUGGGGAAGAGAGAAUGAAAGAGUUCCCCCCACUUGUCCCUCAGGACAUUACACUGAAAGGAGUUGGUACCACUGAGGCAGUUGCAGAUAUCAAGCUUUCCUCUGCAGGCUGGGUGGCAGUGACGGCUCACGCAGAAGAGGAAUUGCUGCUCCGAGCCUACACUCCUAAGGGCACUGCGUUGGUGGUGCGGGAGCCUCCCCUUCUGCCUUACAUCAGUUCCAUCAGAGGGGCCCGGAUCCCAGGCACUCCCGCCUACAGGACCAAAAAGCCUCCUUCCUUCGUGGAGAACCUGAGGGGCACGGGAAGCAGAUAGCGCUUCUCAUCAUCCGAGCAAGGCAGAAGACAGAACAGCUCCUGGAGAACCCUGUGGCUUACUGGUAUUCACAAAAUGUUGGACUGACUUUGAAAGGCCAGCAGGCACAUUUUUGGAAGGCAGGCCUGGUGGGAAGCUCCACAAGUCCACAUCUGAUCCAGCUGCUGAACUGCAGCCAUUUUGAAUGAACUGAGGGGCUGGGACCUUGCUGUGGGAGGGGAAACGGCUUCUCCCUGGGCACUGAUGGGCAAAUCCCUUAACCUGUUCCCUCUUGAGAUACAGGGUGGAAAUUCACCUGCCUGGCCUGGUCUGACUUUGCUGCUCAUAGAGCAAGUGGUUUCUUGCAGGCAUGCUCCCUCAUGUCAGAAGUCACCACCUUGUUCCUAAGGUGUUUCCAUAGUUAAGGGGGUAGAAGGAGCAGGGACUGCUCCAGUGGGGGUGUGACCCUCCUUAGUGGCCGAUACAGAUUCAACAACUUCGACCAAAAGUCAUGUCCUUUCUCUCCUUCAGCAUCUGGAGCAUGCAAUAUCCUGCUUUUGGACACAGGAAAAGUGAUUUAACAAAAAAGAGGUCUGCUCAUGUGCCUGAGGAGGAAAGUUUUGCAAUUCACUGCUUUGAUUUGGUUUCUGUAGCUUGGGUACAGGUUUCUGAAGCCAAGGGUAUAGAAUAAAACUUUUCAAAGAUGCUCUUUUGUUGACCUAGUUGACAAAGCACUCUUUGUGUGGGCAUAAGCUUCUUGCUAAACACUUGAAAGCUCCAGUGCAGUAAUAAAUGUGCUCAAUCUGCCAAAGACAGGCAGAUUUGUGAGAGACACAUGGCCAGCCAUUCUGCUAAAAAAAGAGUAUCUUCUAAUCUUACCAUUUCACUGAUGUUUUCCUCAGUCAGUCCAUUGGUCCCCAGAGGCAGCUCUGCUGUCCUUGGCUGUUGUCCUGAAGAAGCCUGCGUGAUCGGCAGAAAUCAUGAGCUUAUUCAGCACACUCUUCUCACCUGUGGGAUGUGUUGGCAUGCUGUUAGGGAAGCCUGUCUCUUUGCCCUGCUCUCUGUUCCCCCCAUUUUCAGCCCAAACCUGCUAUGUGGGUCUGUCAGCAGCCUCUGCUCAGGGCUGCUCUCAUCCCUUAUGUGAGGCUGCUAGGGCCUCCUGUGGAGCCACUUUCCAUACUCUGCCACUUCCUUCACCUCUUCCUCACCCUGCACUGUCACCUCCUUCCCUGCUUUCCACACAGGGGUCCAGUUAGAUGGGCUGGGCCAAGCAGGGCCAUGGUGGGUUUGAGAAGCACUGGGUGCUGUGAGGUUUGAAGUUUGGCACUGCCUUGAGGGAGUUCCCUGUCCUUGCUGGCAGCUGCCCGGUUCACCGCAUGUAGAAAAUCAGUUAUUCUUUGUGAAGGUCAGUCUGCUGCCAGUGGACACAGGGGAUGUCAUUCACGUGUGUUCAGGCUGUGUCUAGACAAGUUCCUCCUGUACAUUAGACAAAAUGUGUGCACCCUCACCUUGACUUGUCAGGAAGUGUUUUCUAGUUCUUUCCAGAAGAAAGAAAAACUAUGGCAGCAUGUUCCUCACUGCUCAGGCUGUGACUCACACAGCUCUCCUGUUUUCGUUCUGUUUCUCUGUUGUGAAAGCCAGCACAUGUGUGGCCACUCCUAGGGUGUGCUUGGCAAGCAUCAGAGUACAGGCAAGCUCCAGAAUGUGUUUUUUCCAGCAUGGAUAUAUAGGACUGUAGCUGUCUUCCUGGCUGGAUUUCUUUGUGCUGUUGGCAGGCCUCACAUUUGGCUGCCAAAAUUUCUGAAUGAGUUGCCAGCAGGACCGGUGUGAGGAUUAUCUGUUUUAGCUGUGCUAAUCUUCACAAUGCUGUGAUUUUUAAGUCCCCCUUCACAAAAGGAAAAAAUACCAUCUUUUUAAUGUUUAAAAACAAGAUUCUAGAAGCCUUUUUUUUUUUUUAGAGAUUCUUUUUAAAAUCACUUUUGUGGCAGUAGAAGAGAAAGUGCCGUAUUUAUCUCAACUGUUGUAACACACACAGCAAAUCAACCCCUGUGCAAAUUCUGUCCAUUUUUUUUGAGCAGACCAUGGAUUUAUCAAGUACUUUCCUUGACUUGCUCAUAGCUAAAUGGAAGAGCCAUGUUGCUUUGUGUAUUUCUUCAAGACUGGGUUUCUUAAACAUUUUUAAGCUGGCAAGAGGCUAAACAACUUCUGUCUAGAAACAGCAUGAACAAAUCAUGUUCAUUUUAUGUCUUAAACAAGAAUACUGAGAAGAAUGCAAAAGAAUACCAAGACAAGGACCUCUGCAUCUUGAACAAAUGCACCAACCCAAACUUCUUCCUGGAUGAAUUACACAUGCAUCAGAUAGCGGUGAGAAAGAAAGAGUAUCAAGAUCUGGCAGAACUGCCAGCUUUUGAAAGUUACCAAAGUGACACCUAUUCCUUUUCAUCCUUGGCUGUAUGACCAAGGUGUGUGGAUAAUGUAUGUCAUGAAAAGGGACUGGUAGACAGCACUUCCUCUUACAUGUCAGAGGUCUGAAAGGCACUGUAGCUUUUUGGGGGCAUAAGCCACUAUAAUGUUCUUGUGGGGGUGAUGCAGUUCUGCAGUGCCUGAAUUCAGAGCUGUGCUUACAGGCCACAAGAGAAUCCAUCACUCCUGACUGUCUAGCUUCCAGUUUAAAAGUAUCUUUGGUACUGAUUUCCAUAAAAACAUCCACUGCUGAGCAUAAUAGUCAUGGGCUGCCGAGGUGAAUACCCCUGGCUCAGCUUUUUUGCUUUGUAAAGUUUCACACAUUUGGUGGCUUUAGGUCUUCCUGGAGCACUGCCUGGAGUGGUGUCACUCCAAUCCCAAUGUGAAAUAGACUGUAAUUUGCACACACUGUACCUCAAACUUUUAUAGAAGAAUGAAAGUUUGGAUAUGUUUCCAUCA